CUACAGUUUAUUUGCCUUUUUAUCCCUGUCAAGAAAUCUGUGUGUAAAAGAAUCCUAGGUCCUGUGGCAGCACAGUCCUGUGCAAACAUUAAUUGGCCUGCACAUUACUUCUCUAUUUCCAUCAACGGCUGAAACGUCCCAGCUUGCAAAAUUUACCAAACAGACCUCCUGCCCAAGGAACUCACUGUUGGAGAUACUGAUCCAGGAGAAGCCGAGGUGCCAUAAUAGUUCAAAGGACUGGUUUUAGAGUUAGAAGGAGGUGCAUUGAACUCUGACACAGCCUCAGGAUGGCAGUGAGGUCUGAGGGCCUGAAGGCUUUCUGGAUUCUGGGUGUGCUCUGGAUGCUGAGCUGCAGUGCUGCUGUUUCAAGAGCUGUUGCUAGAUCACAAGGUGUUGGGAGCCAAAUGCCUGCCCAUCUGGAAAUCGGGAGAGAGGCUGAUGGCAUCCGGUAUGCCCACCACCAGGGCAAGACUAUUGAUUGCUGGGAAGUGUGGAACAAGAAGAGCUCCGACUGGUGCAGCUUCAUCCAGACCAACCAGGACUGCCAAAUGGACAGCGGCUUCCUCAAUUACCUCAAUGGGGUCUUCUGUGCCUUCCCCUCCGCACUGUUGCCGCUGGUGGUGACCUUAUACGUUCUCUGGCUGCUGUAUCUGUUCCUCAUCCUCGGUGUGACUGCUGAGAAGUUCUUUUGCCCCAAUUUGUCUGCGAUCUCCAUCAAUCUGAGACUGGCUCACAACGUAGCAGGCGUCACCUUCCUGGCCUUUGGGAACGGUGCUCCAGAUGUCUUCAGUGCUGUGGUGGCCUUCUCUGACCCCCGGACUGCUGGGCUGGCUAUUGGCGCUCUCUUUGGUGCGGGUGUGUUUGUGACCACGGUGGUGGCUGGCGGGAUUGCCCUGCUCAGACCCUUCAUGGUGGCCUCCAGGCCGUUCCUCAGGGAUGCCAUUUUCUACAUGGUGGCCGUGUUCCUGACCUUCGCCAUGCUGUACUUCAGGAGGAUCACGCUGGCAGGGGCUCUGAGCUAUCUUGGGCUGUACGUCUUCUACGUCCUCACAGUUGUGAUCUGCACCUGGAUCCAUAGGAGGCAGCGUGGUGAUGGGGUGUCCCCUGCUGGCUCCGGACAGCCAGAGCAUCUGUCCAACCCAGAAGAUGAGGAUUCCCCCCCACCAAGUGUUCACAGCGGGGAGUAUGAGGAGGAAUACCGGCCCCUGCUCCCCUCCGAGGAGGGGACUUUACAGAUCCUGACCAAGUCCCUGAACCCCCUGGAUCACAGGAAGUGGAGGAGGAAAUCCUGCUACUGGAGACUCUUCAAGAUUUUCAAGAUGCCAGUGGAGUUUGUGAUGUUGCUCACAGUGCCUGUGGUGGAUCCCGAUCAGGAGGACCAGAACUGGAAGAGACCUCUUAACUGCCUGCACCUGAUCACCAGCCCCUUGGUUUGCAUCCUCACGCUGAAAUCUGGAGCCUAUGGGCUGUAUAAAAUCCAGGACGUCUUCCCAGUCUGGGGCCUGACACUCCUGAUUGGCACUUUCCUGGCCACAACAGUCUUCUGCACUACAAAGAAUGAAGAGCCACCCAAGUACCACUGUCUGUUUGCCUUCCUGGGUUUCAUAGCCAGCGCCCUGUGGAUCAACGCAGUUGCCACGGAGGUGGUCAAUGUCCUGCGGACCUUAGGAGUGGUUUUCCAGCUGAGCAACACUGUGCUGGGCCUGACACUGCUGGCCUGGGGGAACAGCAUCGGAGACACUUUCUCAGACCUCACCAUGGCGCGGCACGGAUACCCUCGCAUGGCCUUCUCUGCUUGCUUUGGGGGCAUCAUCUUCAAUAUGCUGGUAGGAGUGGGACUGGGCUGUUUGCUGCAGAUGACAACCAGUCAGCUGGUGGUAAAGCUGGAGCUGGAUGGCCUUCUGGUCUGGAUUCUGGCUGGAGCAUUGGGGCUGAGCCUAGUGUUUUCCUUCAUAUCAGUGCCAGCUCAGUGCUUCCAGGUGGGCAGAGGGUAUGGUAUCUGCCUUCUCCUCUACUACUUGGCCUUCCUCACAGUAGCUUUGCUGACAGAGUUCAAGGUGAUCCGGCUCACAACCCUCUGAUGACAUCUAGCCUCGAAGGACCUGCCAUGUAUGUUGUGAGAAUGGUGGUUGCAGGCUGAAGAGCCCACAAGACUUGGACUAAGCUUCUGAUUGUGAAGGGGAAAGAGCUGGUGGUGGGAUGGGCAGAUGCAGGCAAGCAGCUGGCAUGAGUCUCUGCACCUGUGCUGGCUGGACCAGUUCCAGUGAAUCACUGAAAGAGGUACCACCAGUAUGUGGGGGACUGUGCUGCCUUCCUUGCAAGCACAGCUCUGGAAGUGUGUCUAUUUCUCUCAGCUGAAGGUAUGACACCUGGAAUUUCCCACAGUCCUGGGGCAUGCUUUGGAGCCUGUACAUUAAGGUUCUAGUGACAUUUCCACCGCAGGAAAGGAAGCCAGUGCUGCAGGAGUUGAGGCUACAUUGGUGCUCAGACUAUACCCAGAGCUCAAUCCAGGGCUACUGCGACACCAUCCCUGGGAUUCUACUAGCAGCAUUUACCGUUCCACUUGAUUUUAAAAUAAAGGAAUUAUUUAGAUUUAGAAUAGGUUUUUUUUAAAUUAAAUAAAGAUUUGUUUUAAAAGGAAGCCUUUGCACUGCAUUUUAACUGAGAGUAAAUGGAAACACCUGUUGCCUUAAGUGGAAUUUUGCAGCGGCACAGAAAGGGUACAUAUACACAGAA